AUGCAAAAUGAGGCGCUGGUUUCGGAAGCUGAAUCUGUUGGAGUGAAGUUCACUGGGAUGAGGCGAGCGCUUGAUGUUUCUGACAGAAUUAUUCAGAAGAUCAAAGCCAUUCCGCAAAUAUCUCAAGUUGUAUCCGUGGAUCUCUUGACGAGUAUGCAAGAACUGCAGUCACAGAUUUCUCACUGUAUUACAGAAGGGCAGCAUGAUGCACUUACCGGUGGUUUGUCGACGGAAGAAACGCAAAAAAUGAUGGAAGAAAUGGAACGUUUGAAUCAUGAAUUGAUUAAAGCAAAGACGCUACUAAAAAGUGCGCAAGAGCAAAUCGCGAAAGCUCACCUGUCCGGCGAUCUUAAUGAACAGAUUGUACGCGAGAUACGCAGCAUUAACGAGGUGCUGAAAACUGCGCAACAGCGCAUAUACCAUCAGAAAAAAAUUCGUAUACGCAUGAAGAGCAAACGUGCACAUAGCACAACCGUUUUGAAAAGCAAUAAUAAUUUGGCUCACUGCCCAUUGAUCAUCAAUUCGCUUAUUGCUGGAAUCACUUUUCUCAAAUAUCAGCAUGUUGAUUUUCAUCUAAUCACUUAUUGCCUAUGA